CGAAUCCCGUCCCUAGGGUACUACAUCCUGAUUGGCUGCAUAAGAAGGUUCGUGAGAAGGAGGACAAGUUUCGACAACGCAAAUUAGUUGAUAUCUUCAGCUCGUUGAACAGGGAUGAAUUUUUGAAAAAGAAUAGUGAUGCUGCUGGCGCCAAUGGUGUGAUGAAUGAAGAAAUUGUUAAAGACUUGGAGGACUUUGGAAACAAAAGCAGAAAAUCUCCUGCAGACUGGGAGGAUAGGGAAUAUAUUGAUGAUCCUAGUGAGGUUAAACCUGAGGGAUAUGAUUCAAUUCCAAAAGAAAUUCCAGACCCAAAAGCUAAAGAGCCUGAUAACUGGGAUGAUGAAGAGAAUGGUGCGUGGAAACCCCCAAAGGUACCUAAUCUAGCGUAUAAAGGACCAUGGAAGCCCAAGAAAAUUAAGAACCCCAAUUAUAAAGGAAAAUGGAAGACUCCUUGGAUUGAUAAUCCAGAGUUUGAAGAUGACCCUGAUGUUUAUGUGCUUAAGCCAAUUAAGUAUGUAGGAAUUGAGGUUUGGCAGGUAAAGGGUGGGUCAGUUUACGACAAUGUUUUGAUCUGUGAUGACCCAGAUUAUGCAACACAAGUUGUGGAAGAAGUAUUUGCAAACAGGGAGAUUGAAAAAGAGGCCUUUGAGGAAGCAGAGAAAGUGAGAAAAGCACGAGAGGAAGAGGAAGCUCAAAGAGCAAGAGAAGAAGGUGAAAGGAGGAGAAGAGAGCGGGGUUAUGAUCGACGGUACAGGGAUAGAUAUAAGGACAGAUACAGAAGGGACCGUCGUGAUUACAUGGAUGAUUACCAUAAAUUUCUACUGAACAAACGUGAAAUGGAGUUGUUGAAGUUAGAAAACAAGGUUAGGUUUAUCCUUGCAGUUGUGAAGGGAGAGAUCAUUGUAAGUAAUAGGAAGAGAGCUGAUCUGUUUGUUGAGCUGCAAACAAAAGGUUUCACUCCUUUUCCAAAGAAAACUAAAGCUGUUGAGCCAGAAGUUGCUGGUGCAACUGAUGAUACAGAAGAAACAGAAGUGAAAUCUCCUGCUGACAGCAGUAGUAAUGGGGUACAGAUAAGUGAUUAUGAGUAUCUACUAGCCAUGGCAAUUGGAAGCUUGACCAUUGAGAAGGUUCAGGAGUUAUGCGCUGAAAGGGAUAAGGUCAAUAAGGAGGUUGAUGAUUUGAGAAAGGAAACUCCAAAGUCCUUUUGGAGGACAGAUCUUGAUGCUUUGGAGGGGCAACUCGAUGAGCUAGAGAGAAGUGAUGUGAGUCAGAGGAGUUAAGAAAGAAAAUGAGAGGCAAAGCAAGGGGUGAAGCUGCUAUGAAGUCUGCUAGACAAGCACCCAAGAACCCACGGAAGAACAAUAAUAAGAAGGCAAACAAUGCAGAAUCUGUUGCAGAAGCUGUCUCGUCAUCUGUGGCUGCAAUGGAAAUUGAGAAAGCUCCUGAGGCAGCAAAACCCAAAGACAGAGCAGGCUCUAGGAAAGCUCCUGCUAAGGUCUGUUUCUGUUCCUAUGUUCUAUUUUUGCUUGAAAAGGAUGAGCUUAAAGAACGACUUGCUGCCUAUAACCUCGAUGCAUCUCCUGAUCAAUCAGCCGGUAAAUGCUAUAUUAUUAUAUUUCAUUAGGUUGUGUUAUUAUGAUCUUUACACAACUCAGCUGUAAUGUAAGAAAAAUUACAGUGGAUGAUAUGGGGAUUUUGUUUGCAAACCAGUUAAUAUAUGAUCUUGUGUGAGAAAUUGUGUUUCUAUUAUUCUUCUUCAUAAAAUCAAUUAUAAGAGAACAAAAUACUGUAAUGUACAUAGAUAAAAAUUUUCCAUGUUACAAGCACCAACUAAAAUUUCCACUUGAGAUUCAGCAUCACUAAUAGUUAGUUUCUUGUGAAUUUUUUCAUGAUCUUUUACCGUGACAUUAUAGUGUUGGACUGUUUUUUCUGUAAGUAUUCCCACAGUAAAUUUCUCUUUGUUUUUAUGCCUGACAACCAUGGAGACUGAAGUGCCCAAAGUACCUGCCAAGAAGAAAGAACCUAGCAAAAGGGCUGCUGCAGUGGCAAAGAAGAGAGGUGCAGCGAAUAAGCAGCAGCCUCAAACAUUGGCCCAGAAGCUUUUAACUGACAUGUUAAAGCCUGCUGAAAAUUCCAGGAUUUCACCGGAGAAGAAAGUGAGAAAGAUGAGGGCAUCUCCAUUCAACAAGAAAAGUGGUUCUGUGUUGGGAAGGGUUGGUAAGGUAAAUGAAGUGACUGAAAAUGAAGAAAAUUCGGGUUCUGCUUCUACUUCUGCCAGUACUAAAGAAACUAUUGAAGUUGCACCAGCAAGAGCAAGACCUCAAAGGGUGAACCAAGUUAGAAAACAAGAAAGAGUAUGACAGAAUAUGAUCCGCGUCUUGUGGCUCCAACCUGCUUGUACCUGGCAUCAAAAGUAGAAGAAAGCACAGUGCAGGCCAGGCUUCUUGUAUUUUACCUUAAAAAAUUAUAUGCUGAUGAAAAGUAUGACUCAAUUAACUUGGUGCUAUGGGCCAGGUAGUUGCCCAUCAAAGAGGGUCGCAUGGGCUAGAGAAUUGAUAGACGAAGAAGCAGAACAGUUCCUCAUGCCUCGUUUCAUUGACCCAGAUUCACAAAGACCUUGGCUUGCCCAGAGAAUGGACUUGAGGAUACCAUAUUCUGCGUAAAGUUAAUGGAAGGAGACCUGCUUAUGCUUCCCAGCAACUAAUAUAAGAUCUGCAUAAUACGUUUUAUUUUUAAGUCUUUGAUUGGUCAAGUUAUGAGAGAAUAGCAUGGUGCCUUUUGAUGUAUGAACUUCCUCUAUAGAUUGUUUGGCUUAUAUUUUGUGAACUUGUCCGAUCAGCUUGUGUUAAGAUUCUUUCAAAUAGUGUUUCAAAAGGGACAGUAUCAUUUUCAGCAAUUCGUGACUGAUGGUUUUGUAGAAGCAAGAUGGUUUCUCCAUUUGAAAAACCAGUUUUAGUUUCUCGGAACAAGCAGUGAGCAUUUUAUAGUUGGGCAAUAAUAGGUCUCAUGUUGACUGCCAUGAAGAUCAAAACUAUAAACACAUGGGUUAUGACUUUAUGUUAAGUGCCAACUUUGGCAUCAACUUUAGCUCU